UGAUCUCUCUUGCGUGUGAGUGUUAGGGUUUUUGGGCGGGGCAAUGGGAGUUCCCGCAUUCUACAAAUGGCUGGCCGACAAGUACCCGCUCAUCAUCGUGGACGCCAUCGAGGAGGAAGCUCAGCAGAUCGGCGAUGUCGAGGUUCCGGUGGAUCUCACCAAGCCAAAUCCGAAUGGCGUCGAGUAUGACAAUCUCUAUCUCGACAUGAACGGGAUUAUCCACCCCUGCUUCCAUCCGGAGGAUCGGCCGUCGCCGUCUACGUUCGAUGAGGUCUUCCAGUGUAUCUUUGAUUACAUUGAUAGGCUCUUCGCGAUCGUUCGUCCCAGGAAAUUGCUCUACAUGGCCAUCGACGGUGUUGCUCCCAGAGCUAAAAUGAACCAGCAACGCUCUCGGCGAUUUCGUACUGCCAAGGAAAACGCAGACAAAGCAGCCGAGGAAGAGAGGCUAAGGCUCGAGUUUGAAUCCGAGGGACGUAAAAUUCCUCCCUCUGAUAAGAGUGAAGCUUACGACUCCAACGUUAUCACACCGGGAACGCCUUUCAUGGCUAGCUUGGCUGUGGCCUUGCAGUACUAUACGCACCUUCGGCUUAACAACGAUCCUGCAUGGCAAAACGUGAAGGUUAUUCUCUCGGAUGCAAAUGUUCCUGGAGAAGGAGAGCACAAGAUUAUGUCCUACAUACGGCUUCAAAGGAAUUUGCCCGGUUUUGACCCGAACACACGCCAUUGUCUAUAUGGACUGGAUGCGGACUUGAUCAUGCUUGCGUUGGCGACUCAUGAGCUACAUUUCUCAAUUCUUAGGGAGGUUGUCUUUCAAGCAGGCCAGCAGGAUAAGUGUUUCAUUUGUGGGCAAGUAGGACACAUGGCUGCCAACUGUGAGGGAAAGGCAAAACGGAAACUUGGAGAUGGGGAAGAUCCUGAACCGGUAGUAAAGAAGCCUUAUCAGUUUCUUCAAAUCUGGACGCUGCGUGAAUAUUUGGAGUACGACCUUCAAAUUCCCGGAUUUCAACCCGAUUUUGAACGCAUUGUCGACGAUUUUGUGUUCAUGUGCUUCUUCGUAGGGAAUGACUUUCUUCCUCACAUGCCAACUCUUGAAAUUCGAGAGGGAGCAAUCACUCUGUUGAUGAGUAUCUAUAGAAGGGAGUUCACGCGGAUGGGAGGCUACCUCACUGAUGCCGGCGAUGUGAAUCUUUCUAGAGUUGAGUAUUUCAUUCAAAAAAUUGGAGCGAAUGAAGACACAAUCUUUCAAAAGCGCGCGCGUAUACAUCAACGGCAAGCGGACCGGCAAAAGCAAAGAAGGCGUGGGGAUGAUGCGGAGCCGGGUGUGCGGCCGGAUUUAGUAGCUAUAACCGGCAACAGAGGUUCACGUCUAGCAACUGCGCCCGCACCCUCUCCUUUUCAAUCACGCGAUGACAAGCUUCGGAGUAACCAUCGAGCUGCACAAAAUCUCAAAGCCUCAAUGUCAGGAUCUAGGAAAGACUCGGACACAAGUUCACCGGGAUUCAGGGGUGCAAGUUCCAGUCAAGGUAGUCCACCGCUCAAACGCUUGCGAGUAGAUGAGACGACAGCGAUUGCCACCAAGGAGGAUGAUAUGCAAGAAAAUGCAGAGGAGCUGAAGCUUAAAGUCAAGAAUGCUCUUCGGGAAAAAUCAGACCAGCUGGUUAACCAAGUAGUUGACACGGUAAAACUAGGCGAAGCCGGAUGGAAAGAAAGAUACUAUGCAGACAAGUUCGAAGCUUAUACACCUGAAGCAGUUGACGACGUUCGGAAAGGAGUGGUGCAAAAAUAUAUUGAAGGCUUGUGCUGGGUUCUCCAGUAUUACUACCAAGGCGUGUGCUCUUGGACAUGGUUCUACCCUUACCAUUACGCUCCUUUCGCGUCCGACUUGAAGGAUCUGUCUACAAUCAGAAUAGCGUUUCUGUUGGGGGAGCCUUUUAAACCAUUUGAUCAGCUGAUGGGCGUUUUGCCAGCGGCAAGCUCGGAAGCCUUACCGGAGCACUACAGGCCACUUAUGAGCGACGAGGAAUCGCCUAUAAUCGACUUUUAUCCAAAUGAUUUUGUGAUCGACAUGAAUGGCAAGCGAGCAGCAUGGCAGGGUGUCGCGAAGCUACCUUUUAUUGAUGAAGACAGGCUCCUUACCGAGACAAGGAAAGUCGAACCGACUUUAACUGAGGCCGAAGCCCGCCGUAACAGUACGCUGGAGGAAAUACUCUUCGUUUCUUGCAGUCAUACUCUGGCGCCCUUUGUAUUCUCAUUCUACGAUCAAUAUGGACACUUGUCUGGUCCUGAGCGCAGUCAAGCCCGAGAAGCAAUUGAUCCUGGUGCCAGGUCCGAUGGGAUGAACGGCUUCUUUGGUCUUUGUAACGGGGAUGCCUGCCCGCCAAUGUUCACCUCUCCUGUUGCGGAAAUGCCCAAUAUAACUGACAACCAAGUCUUGUCUGCUAUAUAUCACUUGCCUGCGUAUCACAAGCACGUUACGAGACCACCUCCAGGAGCAAUCCCUCCAAAACAGAGUGUGACGGAGCAAGACAUAAAAACUGAAACCUUGUGGCACGAAGACCAUGGGAGAAGGAACAACUACCAUGACAGGCCUGCUCCUCCAGGAUCCAUCUCAGGGCAAUCCCUUGGAGACGCCGCUCGUCGACUGGUCGUGAACUCACUGCCACAGCGAGGAGGGCCGACGCAACAACAUCACCACCAUCACCAUCAGCAGCAACACCAUCAGCAGAACCAACAUCAGUUCCAAGCUAAUUCGUAUCAGCAGAACAACAGGUACAACAACAGAUACACUUACAACCUCCAAUCGCAGCAGCAUCAGCAACAACAGCAGCAGCCGCAGCAGCCACAGCAGCAAGGAUUGCAUCAUCAGUCCUAUCCUCAGCUCCAACUCCAGCAGCACCAGAUCCAGCAGCAGCAAGUUCAGCAGCAGCAGCAGCAGUACAACCAGCAAUUCCAGCAGCAGCAGCACUACUUCCAGCAGCAGCAGCAUGGAGCAGCAGUGAAUGGCUUUUACGCUGCUCAUCAGCAGCAGCAGCAGCGUUUCAGCAACAGCAGUGCUAAUCCUUUCGCCGCCAUUGAUGGAAGGCAACGAAGGAACCAACAGCAAAGAAGACACUAGAACAAACGCUUGUGUUGUAAAACAUUAAAGGCUAGAAGCAUUAGGGUUCUUGGGCAAAAACCUAAUUAGGUUA